GGCUGCUCCUUGCUGACUGGGGUGUGGGCGGGGAGCGGCGGAGGGAGGAGGAGGCGCUGCUGGACUCCGCCGUUGCCUCCGCUGCUGGGCGCCUGGGGUGCUCCCCGGGCUUCUGCAGCCGCCAUGGACGAGCAAGCGGGUCCCGGUGUCUUCUUCAGCAACAACCACCCGGGCGCUGGCGGUGCCAAGGGGCUCGGGCCUCUGUCGGAGGCUGCAGCGGCCGGCGACGGGGCGGCUGCGGCGGGGGCGACCCGAGCCCAGUACAGCCUCCCGGGUAUCCUGCACUUCCUGCAGCACGAGUGGGCCCGCUUCGAGGUGGAGAGAGCCCAGUGGGAGGUGGAGCGGGCGGAGCUGCAGGCCCAGAUUGCCUUCCUUCAGGGGGAAAGGAAAGGUCAAGAAAAUUUGAAGAAGGAUCUUGUGAGGAGGAUCAAAAUGCUGGAGUAUGCUCUAAAACAGGAAAGAGCCAAAUACCACAAGUUGAAAUAUGGGACAGAAUUGAAUCAGGGAGAUAUGAAGCCUCCAAGCUAUGAUUCUGAUGAAGGUAAUGAAACAGAGGUACAGCCACAACAAAACAGCCAGUUAAUGUGGAAACAAGGUCGACAGCUACUCAGGCAGUAUCUACAGGAAGUGGGUUACACGGACACUAUUCUAGAUGUGAAAUCUAAACGAGUGCGAGCUUUGUUGGGCUUUUCAGGUGAUGUCACUGACAGGGAAGUUGACAAAAAUCAAGACUCAGUUAUAAAUGGCACAGAGGCUGAAAUUAAAGAGACAGCAAUGAUUGGAAAAUCCGAGUUAACAGAUUCUGCUUCCGUGCUGGAUAGUUUCAAAUUCCUUGAAAGUGCGGCUGUAGAUUUCAGUGAUGAGGAUGAAGAUGAUGAUAUUGAUGGAAGAGAGAAAAGCAUCAUUGAUACUUCAACGAUUGUUAGGAAAAAGGUGUUGCCUGAUAGCAGUGAAGAUCGAGAUACGAAAGAAGCUCUAAAGGAGUUUGACUUCUUGGUUACGUCAGAUGAAGGAGAAAAUGAAUCUAGAAGUGCAGGCGAUGGAACAGACUGGGAAAAGGAAGACCAGUGUCUCAUGCCUGAAGCCUGGAAUGUGGACCAGGGAGUAAUUACCAAACUCAAGGAGCAAUACAAAAAGGAGAGAAAGGGGAAAAAGGGGGUGAAGAGGCCCAAUAGGUCAAAACUACAAGAUAUGCUUGCUAAUUUGAGAGAUGUUGAUGAACUUCCCUCAUUGCAGCCAUCUGUGGGUUCACCUUCCAGACCCAGCAGCUCCAGACUUCCUGAACAUGAAAUAAAUAGGGCAGAUGAAGUGGAAGCAUUGACAUUUCCUCCUUCUUCCGGGAAGUCCUUCAUCAUGGGAGCAGAUGAAGCCCUUGAAAGUGAACUGGGACUGGGAGAAUUGGCAGGCCUUACAGUGGCCAAUGAAGCAGAUUCAUUAACUUAUGAUAUAGCAAACAAUAAAGAUGCACUGAGGAAGACAUGGAAUCCUAAGUUUACAUUAAGAAGUCACUUUGAUGGUAUUCGAGCCCUUGCUUUCCACCCCACUGAGCCUGUUUUGAUAACAGCAUCAGAGGAUCACACAUUAAAAAUGUGGAAUUUACAGAAAACAGCCCCAGCCAAAAAGAGUAAUUCUCUUGACGUAGAACCUAUCUAUACAUUCAGGGCUCAUAAAGGUCCAGUGCUGUGUGUGGUAAUGAGCAGCAGCGGUGAGCAGUGCUUCAGUGGCGGCACAGAUGGGCUGAUCCAAGGCUGGAACACCACCAACCCCAACAUCGAUCCUUAUGAUUCUUAUGAUCCUUCUGUUUUGAGAGGCCCUCUGUUGGGCCACACAGAUGCAGUUUGGGGCUUGGCUUAUAGUGCAGCACAUCAGCGUUUAUUGUCAUGUUCUGCAGAUGGCACUCUGCGUUUAUGGAAUACAACUGAGGUUGCUCCAGCCCUAAGUGUAUUUAACAAUAAUCAAGAGUUGGGAAUCCCUGCCUCUGUGGAUCUAGUGAGCAGUGACCCAAGCCAUAUGGUAGCAUCAUUCAGCAAAGGAUAUACUAGCAUCUUUAAUAUGGAAACACAACAACGCAUUCUCACUUUAGAGUCCACCUUCGAUACAACAGCCAACUCUUCCUGCCAAAUAAAUCCACUGAUCAGUCAUCCCACUCUUCCAAUCAGCAUCAAUGCUCAUGAAGACAGGCACAUCAAAUUCUAUGAUAACAUAUACAGUUUACUAGAGCUGACCUCAGGGCAUCAUCAGUUCAGAUUCUUAAAUAACCCCUUAAUUUCUGCCUUUCCCCAAAUUGGUGAGCCCUGGGCCAGAUUGUUUGAUCUUCAGCAAUUAAGAGUCAGGGCUGCGAACGAGAACCGCUUGCCCAGAGUUGCACCGCGAGUCACUGCCUCCAGAAGGCCGCUUCGAAUGCGCACGCGUGGGCCCCUGCGGCGCCGCUGUGGGUCCCUGUGCGCUGGCAGAUGCGUGUUAAUGCGCGGGGCUGCUAAUGUGUGGGUCCCUAGGGGCUGCUGCGGAAGGAGGGGCCUGGGCCGAGAAGCCGCCUCUGCAAAACUGGAAGGCCAUCAGGGCACUCCCCGCACUGUGGUGAAGGCAGUGUACUUAGAAACAUUCCUGGAUCAGAAGGGACGAUUGUUUGCUCCUCCCUUUGCUUCUCAGUGA